UUCUACAAGUUGCCGCGAGGUAUCGUGGGGUUUGUAGUUUCGCCACGGUUGGUCACAGGGAAGGAGGCGCAGGAGCUGCGCUCCCGGCGAUCUCGGCGUGCGCGAGGGGCUUCCGGGAGUGGCGCUGAGCGAGGUCCCCGGCCCGGGCAGAGUGCGGCGAGGUGACGGGCGGGAGGCUGAGACGGGACGAGCCGGUGCCCAGGCUGAGGGGGCCGCUCCCUGCGGUCAUGAUGUCAGAGUUGAGUGAUGAAGCCAGCGAAUCGGAGCUCCUGAACCGCAGCCUGUCUAUGUGGCAUGGGGUAGGCCAGAUGAUCUGUCGAGAAGAGCUGGAUGUUCCACUGGACCUGCACACAGCGUCCUCCAUUGGCCAGUAUGAGGUGGUGCAGGAGUGUAUUCAGUGUGGGGAGCUGGAUUUAAAUAAGAGAAACUGUGGUGGCUGGACCCCACUGAUGUACGCCUCCUACAUUGGGCAUGAUACCAUUGUGCAUCUGCUGCUGGAGGCGGGAGUGAAUGUGAAUGUCCCGACACCAGAAGGGCAGACCCCACUCAUGCUGGCCUCCAGUUGUGGCAAUGAGAGCGUUGCCUACUUCCUCCUCCAGCAAGGCGCAGAGCUGGAGAUGAAGGACAUUCAUGGCUGGACUGCCCUCUUCCACUGCACCAGUGCUGGACACCAGCAGAUGGUCAAAUUCUUACUGGACAAUGGGGCGAACGCCAACUGCAAGGAGCCUGUGUAUGGAUAUACACCUCUGAUGGAAGCAGCUGCUUCUGGACAUGAGAUAAUUGUCCAGUAUCUUCUCAAUCAUGGCGUGAAGGUGGAUGUGAGAGAGAACACGGGAGCCACGGCACGGACUCUGGCCAUGAAGUAUGGACACAUGAAAAUCGUGGGGCUGAUGGACCUACAUGCAGCCCCUGUGCCCAAAGUCUUCUGCAGGGGCCCAGGAAAAUACUGUGAAGAUCUGAGCUCCUCGGAUGAAUCGUGCUCCGCCCCCCAGAGACAGAGACCAGUCCGUAAGACCAAGGGCCCCAGUAUCCACGAGGGGCCCCAGGCUUUGGCUAAGAUAACAGCUGUCGGAAUUGCAGGAAAGAAGCAGUCUCGCUGUGAGCAGGUCCCUCCGCAGGGCUACGUUACGUUCAGUGAUGAUGGUAGCUUUGAAGGGGAGGAUCUCCGGUUCCGGGACGUCACCUCUCCAAUCAACGAGCAAGACGUGGAAAGUAGCAGCAGCAGGGAAGAAAAUGCUUUCUUCACCAACAACUUGGACACCAUUAGGAGCAGCAGCAGCAGCAGCGAGUGUCUGCCCAAAGCCCUGGGGGUCAGCAGUGAGGGCUCCCUGGAGAGCAAUGAGGACUCUGACCAUGCGAAACAGCUCUCUAGUCGGAAACAGGCUAAAAGCUACGUGAAGAUCAAGACUCGGUACAGCAACAGUGACAGCCAGUGGUCUCAGAGUCCGGGCAAAGCUGGGCUGUCUAGUCAGCACUGUACACUCCCUAACCCAGAAGCCACCACCUACACAGGACCCCAGGACCUGGCAACAUUCCUGGAGCAGAUUGGGUGUUUGAAGUACCUCCAGGUGUUUGAGGAGCAGGACAUCGACCUCCGGAUCUUCCUGACCCUCACAGAGAGUGAUCUCAAGGAAAUAGGCAUCACUCUGUUCGGGCCUAAGCGGAAGAUGACCUCUGCCAUUGCUCGAUGGCACAGCAAUGCCAGACCUCCCAGCGAUGCCCUAGAGCUGGCCUAUGCAGAUCGGCUGGAGGCGGAAAUGCAGGAGAUGGCCAUUCAGCUGCACAAGAGGUGUGAGGAAAUGGAAGUGAUAAAGGGCCAGGUGUCCCAGGAGCAGGAGCUGCGGGCGGUGGUCGAGAGCUGCUUGAUGGAGCGGGACGUGGCUUGGAAUGAUGUCCAGAUCCAGCUGCGGGAGGCCCAGGCCAUCACCAGGGACGCUGGGGUCCUGCUAGAGCAAAUGAAAGCCUGUCAGGCAGAGCUAUGUUCCCGGUUGAAGCAAGGGCACCUGGCUGACAGGAUGGUGGAGACCAAGGCACGGCUGGAAGCUGGUGAGGGCAGAUGGCCUGAGGGAGAAGGUCCAGAAGGAGGGUCAGUUUCCUUGAAGUCCCUGAGCCUGCCUGAGCUGUCAGCUUUCCUGGAGGAGCAUGUGGGAGAUAUGGGGAAUGCCCUGCAUUCUGUGACUCAGAACCUCGCGCGGCUACAGGCCUCAGAGCGAGGCAAGCAGAGCUGGCCAGAGCCCUAAUGGAGCAGGAUGGAGUUCUGACGUCGGGUGACGGUUCCACCCGGAAGCUGAAUGCCUGGAAGAACGAGCGCAAGGCUGGUCCGCCAACAGGGCUCCUCUGCUGAGAGCGCGGAGGAGGCAGGCGGGCGCCUGGAGAAGGGGGUCAGCCAGCUGGGGACGGCGGAGGACGAGGAGUCAAGUGGGCAGGCGGCCUUAGCCGGGCUGAUCUCUGGGUUCCUGUUACAGACGGUUUUCUAACCCUUGGGCAGGGAAAGCAUGUUAAGAGCCGAAGCAUCGGGGCUAAUUGGCCUCUCGCUGCCCGUGGAGACUCUGCCUCAGUUUUGCUUAAGGCUGCCUGAUAUUUUUACAGAGCCAGCCCUUGUCUGUAGCAGCCAGAUUCCCUUAUGCCCCUUCCCACCACAACCCCUCGUAACUUGUUCCUUCAGUUUGGUCUCUGCCCGUGGGCCGACCCAGCAAACGUGUGUGACGCAGAGCAAAGGCCAGCACAGUGGCGGCUGGUGGGGUGAGAUCCUGUGAUUUGGAAAUGGGAGAGUUGGAGGGGGUCUCCUGCCGUUCAGUGUGCUGGGCCUCCCCUUUGAGACACGAUCAAACAGCCCCAAGCUGCAGCCCUUGUAGGAUCUGAGAGAUUGAACGUAACCUGCUGUGCAACUCUAUCCUAUAGGGAGCUCCUACUCCUGGCAGCCUGCAUCGGUUCAGCUGUUAGCUCCUGCCUCCUUGGAUGCCGGUAUGGGACCACUUGAGUGUCCUGCCGUACCCGGCAGGUCCCUCUGUUUGGUUAUGGGUGCAGACCCCCCCCGUCAGAGCUGACUUGGCAGCUGGCCCUAGAUCCUUCUCCCAGUCCACGAAAUGCCCACAUUAACCCCCCAGGGUAGCACAUUUCAAAGGCCUUGCUCCUACCAAGUCAGCGUGCUCCCAGAAGCUUCUGCCACAGGCGGCAGCUUCUGCCGGUGCAGCACUGGUCCCUUUGAAUAGGGAUCCAGGAGCCACGUGAGAGGAGGGCAUGUGCAGCUCUUGCCUGAUGUGAGUUUAUACCAUCCCCAAGCAUUUGUGUGUGAGCUAUAUGCUCUGUGCUGCAUGCGGGGCUUGGCCCUGUGAUUGGUGCUAUAAAACCCGCCCCCAGGGUAACACCUGACCAUGGGCACCACAUCCCUCCCCGCAUGUCUGCCCCUGUCUGAAGGCAGUCGCAGGAGACCUUAGGCAGGCGUCUAACACCAGGAGCCUGUUCCAUGGGGCAUCCUCUCCCCUGGGAACCCGUUACCUGGCUCCCCACCCUCAGCCCCUGGCUCCUGUUCUUGUGUCCAAGCCUCUCUCCUUCAGACUUGAGCUUGGGCCCAGUUGGUCCCUCUGCUUGGUGCCUCUGCCGCCAUGAAUGGGCUUCCUGCCUGCUGUUUCUUGACUCCUGCCUUCCCUUCAUGGAGGCUGCUUGUCCCCAAGGCAGCGGGCAGGGCUGCCCUCUUCUCCCUGCACUCUGGGAGAGCAGGAGGGGACCUCCUGUUUUCUCCAUAGGAUGGGCCUUUGAAGCUGCUGCAUGGGAAGGCUCGGAAGAAAGCUCGGCCCAAGGUGGCUCAGGCUGGGCACCUUUGGAAACCCUGGCUUCCGUCUCUUGAGGGGUGUGAGAGGCACCCUUCCUCAUGGCAUCUGUGGGCCUGAGAGACCAAGCAUGCUGCCAGGCAGCUGAGUCCUGCUCUCCUCUGGGCCACGGGCAGCCAGGCAUUCCGUUCUCCUUGUGCUUCUCCAACCUCCUUUGCCAUCUCCUCCCGCUGGGCCCACAGGAGGUCCCCUGCCGGGCUAUUCUUCCCUUCGUUUAGUGGACUGAAGCUUCAUCUCCUUCCUUCCCUCAAAGAACCCAUAUGGUUCAAAAAUGUUUCCAUGCAGUCCUUAGCCCCCGCAUUGGCCCCUCGGCAUGAGAACGCUGGGCGUGGGGGUUGGACUCUUAGAUACUAGUGCCUUGGGCUCUUGCAGGGUAGCCGGGAGGGGUGUGGGGCACAAGGGGAAGCUGCAGAGGCCUUUUCCCCAGGGAGGCGGGGGAGGUGCUCUGGGUUGAUAGCACAAGAAUGAGAUGGUGAAUGGGGCUCUCCAGGGAGCUGAGUAAAAGACCACACACACACUCUCUCACUCUCACUCUCUCUUUCUUUCCCCCCCGCUGCCGCCGCAACCUUAAAUGCUGCAGGCCUCGGACUCUUCCCUCUUAACUGCCAGGUGCUUUUGAUGCCAUUACCUGUAUGUGGAAAUGGAUAGUCUUCAGCCUGUGUUCCUGCUCCAGCCCCCGGGAGUUGGAAAUGAGAGCUCCGGGAGCAUGGGCUGCUGCAGGAGACAGACUGCAGCGUGCACUGGCCCCUCACGUACACUGCUUCAGCUCAUGGAGAUGUCUUGGCCACUGGCUGCUCUGACCUGAUGCUGCUGCUGCCCCUGGGAGAUCUCACAGGUCAUGUUCAUGUGGCUCAGGGCACACUGUCCAAGUGACAUGAUUUUUAAUGCUGUGUAGUGAUUCAGGGCAGCCUUAGUUCUUGCAGCCCUCUGGACAAAGACCGUGCCCCUGUGAUGGGUCUAUGGUGAGCUGGGGAAACUACCUUUCUCUUUGCUGGUAAAGGGGAAAAAGCUGUAUUUUAUUUUUAGAUCUUGACCACAAACCCCAAAGUGCAAUAUCUGCUGUGACUCCAUCCUCGGAGCCAGGAUCUCCCCUCUGCUCUGCUGCCCAAUGCCAAAGAGACUGGGCCAGGCAAAUGAGAGUUAAUCUCUGUGCCAGUGGAGCACUGAAUUCACUAUGCUUUGGUGUCUCCAAAUGUUCCUGGUUCAUUUCUCAGAGCAGUGAGGAGGGAGGUGAGUUUGCCACAGCAGCAUGCUCGGUUGCGUGGCUUUGUUUGUACUUCUGUUUUUUCUCUUACAUGUGAGACCAGAAUUAAUGUGCACUGUGUUUGGGGAAUAAAUCGGUGACUGGA